AUGAAUAACACGGUUGAUAUAUCAUCUAUACCAGCUAUAUGUACUAUUUGUCAAACAAGUUAUGGUUUUACUUCAGCGGAUAUACGUGCUAUUGUUGUUCUUGUUAUUCUUACUAGUAUUGCACUCGUAAUAUGUUAUACAGGUGUACUAUGGUUUGCUAUUCGUACACGUUUUAUUCCGGAUAAAAAAGCAAUUAUCGAGGAAGAUGUAAUUACAAAUCAGGCAUUUAAUUAUGAUGAGGAUAUUGAAGAAAAUGUACAAAAUAUACCCAAUAUAGCAACACAACCUGCUAUACUUACGGUGGAAAAUGAAAAAGAACGGUAUUAA